AUGCAGUCCACCAACAACAACGUCGAGAAGCGCGAGGCCUUCGCCCGCAAAGUCGCCCACAUGCGCUUGAAGAUCAUGCCCAUCUACCCGCUGCCGGGCGGCCCACCGCACCAUGACUUCCCCUUGACGAUGCUACAGUUCUACCUCCUGGGAGAGUCCCAGCUCGACGCGAUGGCGACGUACUACUCGCAGAGCGUGGUCAACGAAUGGACGACCAAGUACCCCGGCUUCAUGGCCUGGGACGCCGAGUUCUUCGCCGACCCCGCCUUGUCCGAGACCGAGCGCGUCAAGAUCAAACUCCGCAAGUUCGGCCACUUCAUCGGCCUGCGCGGCUGCGAGACGCCCAUCGAGGAGACGGUCAUGCAGCUCAGGCUCGCCGAGGAACGCAUCGGACGCGAGAUCGAGCAGGCCAAGGAUGCGGAGCGCGCGCAGGACAAAAUCUGGAAGCGUUGGCACGGCGUCUAG